CUGUUCUUAAUUCUCGGCCGCGGAGUCGCGUUUUUUUUUGUUUUUCUCUUUGGUUCCAUAUUUUUAAUCAAUUCAAAAUAUUCCUCGAACCAGGCCAUUUCGAGGGAGGACUCGAAUAUAACGAAAUCAUCAGCACAAUGCUUUGAAGUAGCUCCGCCAAGCGAUCCUAUCCGCCAAGUGGCUCCCAAACAAGGAGCGGCUGCCGCUUGGGGCCCAUUGAUAUUCACAAAAGGCUGGCUGCAAUUGGAUGUAUUAUUAGCGAAUAUUAUUCUCUCGACUCUCGACACAUACGGAAUUAUGCAAAUGGAUUGCUGGGAGCUGGCGAUCAUUUGCCUGUGGGUGGCCUCCAUCUGCGUGCGAUCGACGACAGGCAGCCUGUCUAAGUAUAGCAGCACCACGCCGGGCAGUGUCAAGCAAGUGGACGUGGAACUGGAGCUCAUCAAUGGCACUCUCAAUUAUCGUCUGUAUGGAAAGAAAGGCAAGGAUGACAAGCCCUGGUUCGAUGGGCUGGACAGUCGCCACAUUCAGUGUGUGCGACGGGGUCGCUGCUAUGCCACCACAAAUCUCACGAACACCUGCUUUGGGUCCAAAUUGCCCUAUGAAUUGAGUAGCCUCGAUUUAACAGAUUUUCACACCGAGAAAGAGCUCAACGAGAAGCUCAACGAUUACUACGCUCUGCGGCAUGUACCAAAAUGUUGGGCGGUUAUUCAGCCAUUUUUGUGCGCUGUUUUCAAGCCGAAGUGCGAGAAAAUCAACGGCCAGGACAUGGUCUACCUGCCGUCGUAUGAAAUGUGCCGGAUUACGCUGGAACCCUGUCGCAUUCUAUACAACACAACGUUUUUCCCGAAAUUCCUGCGCUGCAACGAAACGCUUUUUCCAACGAAAUGCACAAACGGUGCUCGCGGCAUGAAAUUCAAUGUAACCGGCCAGUGCCUGAGUCCGCUGGUGCCCGCCGAGACUGCGGCCAGCUAUUAUCCGGACAUCGAGGGCUGUGGUGUACGCUGCAAGGAUCCUUUGUACACGGACGAUGAGCAUCGGCAGAUCCACAAGCUGAUUGGAUGGGCGGGCACGCUGUGCCUGAUCUCCAAUCUGUUUGUGGUGGCCACCUUCUUCAUCGACUGGCAGAAUGCCAACAAGUAUCCGGCUGUGAUUGUAUUCUACAUCAAUUUGUGCUUCCUAAUUGCCUGCAUUGGCUGGCUCUUGCAAUUCACUUCCGGCUCCCGCGAGGAUAUUGUCUGUCGCAAGGAUGGCACUCUGCGCCAUUCGGAGCCCACCGCCGGCGAGAAUCUCUCGUGCAUUGUGAUCUUUGUGCUGGUUUACUACUUCCUGACGGCCGGCAUGGUCUGGUUUGUGUUCCUCACGUAUGCCUGGCACUGGCGCGCCAUGGGCCAUGUGCAAGAUCGCAUCGACAAGAAGGGCUCGUACUUUCAUUUGGUCGCCUGGUCGCUGCCCCUCGUCUUGACCAUCACCACGAUGGCCUUCAGCGAGGUGGACGGCAAUAGCAUUGUCGGCAUCUGCUUUGUGGGCUACAUCAAUCAUUCGAUGAGGGCUGGCCUGCUGCUGGGACCGCUCUGCGGUGUCAUUCUCAUUGGAGGCUACUUCAUAACGCGCGGCAUGGUGAUGCUCUUCGGCCUGAAGCACUUUGCCAACGACAUUAAAUCCACAUCGGCCAGCAACAAAAUCCAUUUGAUCAUCAUGCGCAUGGGCAUCUGUGCGCUGCUCACCUUGGUCUUCAUUCUGGUGGCCAUUGCCUGCCAUGUGACGGAGUUCCGGCAUGCCGAGGAGUGGGCUGCCAGCUUCAGGGCGUUUAUAAUCUGCAAAAUAACUUCCGUGUUCGAGGAGAAGAGCUCCUGUCGCAUCGAGAACCGUCCCAGCGUGGGUGUGCUGCAGCUGCACUUGCUGUGCCUCUUCAGUUCGGGGAUUGUCAUGUCCACCUGGUGCUGGACACCAUCGUCCAUUGAGACCUGGAAACGUUACAUCAGAAAAAAGUGCGGCAAGGAGGUCGUCGAGGAGGUCAAAAUGCCCAAGCACAAGGUCAUUGCCCAGACCUGGGCCAAGCGCAAGGACUUCGAGGACAAGGGCAGGCUAUCCAUCACGCUGUACAACACCCACACCGAUCCUGUGGGCCUCAACUUUGAUGUCAACGAUCUGAACUCCUCGGAGACGAAUGAGAUUAGCUCCACUUGGGUGCAUUAUCUGCCGCAGUGCGUUAAGCGUCGCAUGGCGCUCACGGGCGCUGCCACGGCCAACUCCUCCAGCCAGGGACCGCGCAAGAACUCGCUGGACUCGGAGAUCAGUGUGAGUGUGCGGCACGUUUCGGUGGAGUCGCGACGCAAUUCGGUGGACUCUCAGGUGUCCGUGAAGAUAGCCGAAAUGAAGACCAAAGUGGCAUCGCGCAGCCGGGGCAAACAUGGCACCUCGUCGAGCAACAAGCGCACACAGCGGCGGAGAGACUACAUUGCCGCCGCCACGGGCAGGAGCAGCAAGUACAGCACUGCAGGCGGGAGAAGGGAGAGCAGCACUUCGGUGGAGUCUCAGGUUAUUGCCCUGAAGAAGACAACCUAUCCAAAUGCUAGUCACAAAGUGGGCGUGUUCGCCCACAGCACCAAGAAGCAGCACAACUACAGCUCCAUGAAGCGGCGCACGGCCAAUGCCGGACUGGAUCCCUCGAUUCUGAAUGAGUUUCUGCAAAAGAAUGGCGAGUUUAUCUUUCCCUUUCUGCAGAAUCAGGACAUGACCACAUCCUCCGAGGAGGAGAACUCACGCGCUUCCAUGAAAAUCCAAGACCUCAACGUGGUGGUCAAGCAGGAGCUCAGCGAGGACGACGACGAUGAUGAGGAUGUGAGGAAGGGGCCAAAGAUUGAGGAGCUGCCGAACAGCAAGCAGGUGGCUCUGGAGAAUUUCAUCAAGAACGUGCAAAAAUCCAACGAGUCGAACGGCAAUCGUCACUCGCGCAACUCCACGCGAAGUCGUCAGUCGCGUAAGUCGAGGAAGGACCCGCCCAAGUCGCAUCACCAUGCCAAAAACAUCAGCAAUGGCCUGACUGACUUGCUGCAAAUGGACUUCAAGCGCGACUAUGUGCGGGACGACUCGCUCAGCUGCUCCUCAGUGGAGCUGGACGUGGCCCUGGAUGUUGGCAGCCUGAUGCACAGUUCCUAUUCGGGCAUGUCGAUGGGCAAGCCGCAUUCGCGCAACAGCAAGACCAGCUGCGAUGUGGGCAUUCAGGCCACUCCCUUCGAGAUUGCCAACCUCAACAUACCCUCGUAUGGCAACGAGGAGCUGCAGCAGGCGAUGCGACUGCUGAAUGCGGCCAGUCGUCAGCGCAACGACGAGGAAGCCGCCACCGAGAUGCACUCCCUGCUGGGCCACAACGGCCAGCGGCAUCACCGGGGCGAACCCACAUUUAUGAGCGAAUCGGAUAAGCUGAAAAUGCUGCUGCUCCCAUCCAAAUAGUAAGACUGGCGCAGAACAAUACUCAACCCAAUGCAUUUACUUAAGUUUCGAUAAACUACUCGAAUAUUUGUGUGCGUCUUCCUUGGGGAUGCCACAAGAGCGUCGGACAAGUCCGAUGAUUGUUUUAUUGAGCAGAAUUAAGCGACUUUACGAAUUAAUACUCAUAGAUUAAGUCCCACAAAUCUCAACCCAUUUAGCAGCUAAGUUCAACCAUGUAUCCCCUGUGUCUCUGCAUGUAAAUGAUGUUUCCUGAACACGACUAGACUUUAGCUUAUAGAUUAUAUGUGCAGCAGCAGCCUCUCUGCUCAACGCACAACACAACGAAUAAUGGAACACAAAUGUUUACGAGUAUUACAAAAAAGUGCCUUUACAACGUUUACAAAAUAUCUCAUAUGUUUUUUUGUGUGUGACUAAUAAAACGAUUUUAAAUCCA